AAGGCAAGAGGCAGGACAGGGUCUGUUAGCUCAUUACUGAUUUGCCUAGCAAAUAAACCAGCAGCUGCUCUCCUCACCAGUGACUUGACACUUGCAGCUAAGUGACAACUGUAUGGGACAGGAUGCUUCCAUGGAGCUCCUCAGUGGUACAUCCUACCUUUUAAACAUCACCCUAUAUGCGCUGCUUCUAGGAACUUGCUCUGCCCUGAAAAUCAGAAUCCCAUCACCUACCAUCCAUGGCAUCGAAGGGAGACCACUUGUCCUUCCUGUUCACUAUGAUUCUUACGUUUCUGCAUCUGAAAUCCAAAUCAUAUGGCUUUUUGAAAGGCACCAAACCCCAGCAAUGUUUCUGCUAUCAUCUAUUAACCACUCAGUGGUUUCUGACUUGGAAUUUCAACACAAGUUCACCUUACAACCUCCAAACGCAUCACUGUUGAUUUAUUCCUUGCAUUUAAGAGAUGAGGGAAACUACACUGUGAAAGUCAACAUCAAAGGCAAUACUACAAUUUCUUACACUCAGAAGAUUGAUGUUAUUGUGCAUGUUCCUGUAUCAAAGCCUACCAUUAGUAUUCAGCCUCCCCAUGAAGUGGUGGAAUACAUUGGGAACAUUACGUUUCAUUGUGCAGUCGAGAAAGGAACACGUGUUACAUAUGUGUGGCUAAGAGAUGGCAAGCCCCUGGAAAGCAGUCCAUCUUAUAACUUUUACCAGAAUGGCACAUUUCUCAUUGAUUCUGUGAUGAAGACAGAUAUUGGUAAUUACACUUGUUUGGCGAAGAAUUAUGUCAGCCAAAUGGAGAGCGAUGUAAUCACACCAACAAUUUAUUAUGGGCCCUAUGGGCUCACAGUCAGUUCAGAUAAAGGCCUUAAAGUCGGAGAGGUGUUCACAGUAGACAUUGGAGAAUCCAUACAAUUUGAUUGUUCAGCCGACUCAAAUCCCCCAAAUACUUUUUCAUGGAUCCAGAGGACUCAAAAUUCAACAGAAAUCAUUAAUUAUGGUCCAUACUUUAAAAUUCUUUCUGACAAAGUAGGGCAAAAAACAGUGGAUUACAUGUGCCGGGCAUACAACAACAUCACUGGGAAGCGCGAUGAAACACAAUUCACAGUCAUCUAUGCAUCCACAGAUCCACAAAAGCUAGAACAGAAUGGGAACACAUACCCUCUGGCAGCAAUAACUGGCAUCUCUUUGUUUAUAAUUCUGUCUAUGUGCCUUCUGUUUGUCUGGAAGAAAUACCAUUACCGACUCUUCAGAGCCAGACCAUGGAAAAUUCAACACAACAGGCCUUCUCAAGAAUACAGAAGAACACAGAUUUUUUCUGGACAUGAAGAUGCCAUGAAUGAUUUUGGAAUCUAUGAAUUUGUUACCUUGCCCGAUCCUUAUGUACCUCACAGAGUGCCAAGCAGUAAAUCUGUGUCGGUGUCCAAUGCUUCACACGCCCAAGACACAAGCUGCACUGUGUAUGAGGUUAUACAGCAUGUUCCAGAACAGCAGCACGACAACAGAGAGGAGUGAAGAUUAACUACCCAUCUGGAAAUGCACACAUCUCUGCCGGAAGCUGCUAAAACACUUAUUUCUCAAUACGUGUUCUGAAUCUCCUUGUGGCCCCUGCUGUCAAAAGCAUUUCCAGUUAAAUACCUCAAAGGUGGUGGAUUGUAGGGGAUUCCACACGAGCAACUGUAGGAGAGAAUAAGUGUUCUAUGGCAAUACAAUCCUAUGUUUACAAAAGAGAAAGCUGAAGCAUAACAAAAAGGGAAAGCUGGAUCAUAACAAAAAGGGAAAGCUGGAUCAUAACAAAAAGGGAAAGCUGGAUCAUAACAAAAAGGGAAAGCUGGAUCAUAACAAAAAGGGAAAGCUGAAGCAUAACAAAAAGGGAAAGCUGGAGCAUAACAAAAAGGGAAAGCUGGAUCAUAACAAAAAGGGAAAGCUGGAGCAUAGCAAUGAUGUCCCAGGAAUAUCUCAGUUGCAGCCGGGAGCACUAUGUGCCACUGGUACAUUAGAGAGGAUUAACUAGUUCACUAACCUGAUAAUUGUCAGGCGUCAUUGCUCUUCAGAAAUCCUGAGGUGCCCUGUAUUGAUUCAUUUCCAGAGUCUGCACAUAAAUCUGCUAUAAUACCCUUCUAUUUAAAUGUAAGGUGUUUUUUUUUUUUUUUCACAAGCCCAAGACAAAUAUCUAAUGAAAAACAUUAGAAUUUGGACAAUUAGAAAAAUAUACUGAAAAUUGUCCAAUGUGCACUUACGUGUUUGUAGCAUUUGUAGUUUUUCUCUUCUUUGGUAUUUAUAUAUCCCAUUUCUCCCAGGCCCAUUCCCUCACAGUAAGGUUAGCAGGUCAGUUGUAGAAUUAGGGACCCGUCUAAUAAAUGCAGUUUGCUGCAUCGCACUGAUUAAUAACUAUUACAUUUCAAUUAUAUGCAACUCAUGCAGCCCUUCUAGCUGGAAUUUUGGGUAGGGUCCCCAAUUUCUCGCAUAAUCUUAACAAAUUCCCAUAUUGUUGGUAUACAAAAUAAAUGAAUAAGCCAGGGAUGAUAUUUUGACUGAUGGCAUAUGGUUACUGUGCUCUGGUGGCCUCUCUUCAUUAUCAGUCUUCACACUGUCAAUACUUUAUUUUUAAUGAAAAUGUAUAAUAAUAUAUACAGAUAUGAGAUCUAUUAUCCAGAAAGGGCCCAAGAAACAGCAAAUCAAUGUCCCAUUCUAUAUGGUUUAAAAUGGCUCAUGUUUCACUGAUUCACCAGUUAUUAAGACAGUAUCUUGUACUUGCAUUGUUUCUGUUUAUUUAUAUUUAAGGCAUGGUCUCCUAUGUUACAGAAACACCUCUUAUCCAGAAAACCCAGGUCUUAACCAUUCUGGAUAACAGAUCCCAUAUAUGUCCUGUAAUUUAACAUGAAAUCUAGUAAUUUUGAAAGCAAUAGAUAUGUUUUUGGCGAUGUUGUGUGACAAUGUUUAAAAGGCAAUGUAAAAAUGAGACCUUUUGUUCUAUUUUGUAAGAGAUUUAUAAAUAAUUGUAGUAAUAUAUAAUGCCAGUAAUAUAUAAUGCCACUGUGGUACAGAAACUGAUGUAAGUAAUAAAGCUAAGAAAUUGUAGUGGUUUGUUCACAAUUCACUCUCCCCUGAA